AUGGCCCGUCCUCUGAAGAAGGUCAAAGCCGAGCCGGUGGAUCCCCCGGCCCCGACUCGGCAAUCCAGAGGCAGCUCAGCCACGUCUUCAAAUGUCGCCCUCAUCGUAUGCCUGCGCUGCAAGCGAACUUCGAAGGACAAGGACUGGGUUCCCCAGCCCGGUCGAGAAGAUGCUUGUGGCGUCUGCUUCACAGCGGUGACGGCAGGGUUCGACCUCGACUUUGCUGAGGCAAUGUCGCGGUACAACUCCAGCGACAAGGCCAACAAAUCGUUUGCCAGAGACAUCGACAGGAGCUGUGAGAGACUUGCGAAGAUUGACGCCGACGAGGAGAUGGAGUACUUCGAUCCACCAUCCUCGGUGAAGGCAGUGCAGUCGAUCUCAGAGUCGAUGAUUGUCGAAUGCUUGUUCUUGACUGAGAACCAAGUAGUGAAAUUCAUCGGAGCAACUUCGAAUGCUUUGAAGCUUGACAAAGUGAACCGAUUGAGUGAGUGUGGGCGACGAGUUGUUGCCGGCUUUUACGUUCGCUUUGACGACCUCCCGGAAGACAUCAGGGAGAAGGACCUGCUCGGGCUUCGGAGAAUCCGCUGGGAGCUCAAGUUCCAUGCGCAGCACGAGAAGGAGAUCUUGCAACCGAGCCGACAGCUACGUUUGGCCCAAGGUGCUGAUGUGCUGCCUGGAGUGGCUGCUCGGAUGCCGGACCGAUCUGCCAGCAACCCUUUGGAGCUUCUGGCAAAUAUGCCGACCAUCAGUGCCUUGCGCAAGAAGGCAGCUGAUUUGGAGGAGAAGCGCAAGAAAAAGGAUGAGGAGCUGGCUGCCAAGCUCGAGCUCGAUGGGGCUGACGACCCGGUCGACAUCGUGGACGAGGCCGAGCCGCGGAUCAAGGGAAGUCUGUCGUCUGGGCUGGGAACGACAACCAUCGACAAAGAUGCAGGUGUUGCCACCCGGAAGAGGAAAAAGCAACAAGGCAGUGUGAAGGGGGGGGAUGCCCCACCACCAGCAAAGAAGAGCACCGGCAGUGCACGCAAUGCGGAUGAGGCCCCGUCUCAGUCGCAGGAGGAAAUCAAGGCUGCCCUCAGCCACGACCCCGAGCUUUGCAAAGUGGCGCUCAAACUUGGCUCUGUUCCCGACAGUUUGUUGAACCUCACAGUUCGACGGGCUUUGGAAGGUGCCAAGAUGGGCAACCAAUGCACCGGCGCCACACGCUUGCUGGAGAAGUUGGGAGACACGUCGAAAGAAGGCCGCAGCCUUUCACGGAGAAUUGCAGCUGUGCAAGCAGCACAGCUGUUGGCAACGACCUCGGAUCUUCUCACCUUGCCCUCCGACGAGAGGAUUUCCAAGUAUGUACUGAUUGGAGCCACCGGCUCGCCCGUGCCUCUGUUGAUCAAGCUGAAGGUCACCAUUGCAGAAGUGUCCCAGGCUGUGAAGGGUUUUGUGGCAGAUGGCGCCGCUGCUAAGCUGCAAAAUGUUGUCUCGAUGCUCAUUCUUUGCAAGGGCACUCUGGACGAUGAGUGGACCUUCACGAAGCCCAGCUUCGCGCAUGUGAUGAGCGAGGCAAUGCAGCUGUCUGGAGAUGAUGAGCGUCGAGGCCAGGAAGCUCGAGACCAGGGUACUGACAAGGGGAAUGAGCAGGCAGCGGAAAUUGAAGCAGAGAUCGAGAGUCGCUGGGAGGCAUUGGCAGCUGGAUGGGUGGAUGCCUUCGCCAACGACACGCUGCUGGGAUUGAUCCCUGCAACAGCCACUUCCAGCUAUGCACGCCUCUUGGACGUGUGCUCUUCCAUGCUGACAGCCCUCAAUGCGCAGGUUGCCCACAUCCCGGAGGACUUUCCACCUCUGAUGCGGAGCAGCAUUGAACGAGUCACAGCUUUCUGCAAGUGCAUAUGCUGCUUGGCUGCUCCAGUCCCGGGUUACAUGGACUGCACUUUCCGUGAUGCAUUCGUGCUGUCCAAGUAUUCGGGCGCCGACUACAUGGAGGCCGAGAUCAAGAAUGCAAUUGGCAGGAAGGGCUCCUUCUGGCAAGAGGCAUUCGAUGCAGAGCAGCGUGCAAGCUCGGCAGUCAAGGAGUUUGCCCCAAUCAUCCGGCAGUAUGUGGCAGACAUGGACAAGAUCGUCCAGGAUGCCAAGGGCGGGGAGUGUGCUCCCCUGGAUUGCACUGCAGCCUGCAAGCUAGUCUUUGAGGUGUUGAGCAAAAGAGAUCACAUGGCGAGCCACCUCCGCAAGGGUGCUCUUCAAGAGCUGGAUGCUAUGCUCCAGGUCUUGAUUCCUUUGCUCAUGGAAGUGAUUGCAAAAGAAAGCGACUUGAAGUCCAUCGCGGGUGUGAAUGUCGAGGAUUUCCUGAAGCUGGCUUCCCAAGUCCCAGCUGUGGGGAAGCCCGCGAGCGGCUAUGCGGAAGCCCUCGACAAGUUUGCAACGUGGCAGGCGGCAAAUCAGACAGCUUUGCAGGGUGCAAAGUUGAAGGAGUUGUGCCAAUCGGCCAGGAAUGCCGAGCCUGGCGCAUUUGAUGUUGCACUUGCUUGGGGAGUGCUCCAAUCCGUAGAUCUUGAUGGCGAGGAGGCUGCAGGCAUCAACCUUCAGCCCCUUCUGUUGGCUACUCUGAAGACAUUGCAGCUCAAGGUGGAGCCUGCGUGCGACUCCAGUGUCGGGGGCAAGCUGACUUCAGUGGCUUCCGAUGCUCGGAAGGAUGCCGCAACCGCCAAAGGGAUCUUCCAGAAAGUCCCGAUGGCAGCGUCUGCGAGGAAGUGGUUCUUGGGGCAGGUCAACUUGCUGGAGGAUUGCCUAUCCCUCAGCCAGGCGUGCAGGAGGUACCACGAAAUUGGCCGCGACGCCAAAGACAGGGAUGCAAAGGACAGCGAGCGGCUGGCUUUGGAUGGUGUCUUGAAGACGGUGGCUUCCCUUCGCAUCAGAGCGGUCAAGAGCAAGAACGAGAACGAGUCCCUGGCAGCCCUGGCAGCAUCGACGUCCGGCGCUGUCUUCCCGGAUGAGGCUGAGGCUGGGAAAGAAGAUGCUGCAGACGCUGCCCCCACCAAGGUGGAGGUGGUUUGUGCUCUCGAGCAUGCGUGCAGUGACAUGGCCCGGUCCAUGACAGACAAUCCGCACGCUGCGGUCCAGGAAGGAUUGCAGUUCCUGAUCUCUAAGCAGCUGGAGGCCUGCAAGUCCCACUUGCAGGAGGCCCGGAAGCUUCUUAUCGACGGCAAGGACAACAACCAGGAUGGCACCGAAGCCAAGAAGUCGUGGGAAACAGUUGCGGGGUGGAAGGACAAGCUCCCGAACAGCCCCUCCCUUGACCAGGUCAUGGACUUAGCCGGAAGUGCCUUCGGCUCUGUGGAUGGCUCGGCCUUGAGGGACAAGAUCGCAGAGGUGGAGAAGGCCCUCCAGGGCAUGAAAACCGUGCAGGCCAGGUAUGGCCCUCACCUGAAGCACUUUGGCAUGCAAGACGAGAUGAUGGCAUUGACGACCGGCGACUACAUGGCCCUGUCAGAGGAUGGCAAGGUGAUGGCUGCUUUGGGUGCCGAAGCUUUGUUAUGGUAUGCAAACCAGCAUACCAACAAGGCCAUUGCGAGAUCCAUCCUUGGGGAAGUGACAGGACGCAUUUCAGGUGACUUUGUGGAAGAAACGCGUGUGGACAAAACGCUGUUAGCUGAGGGCCGCCGGAUCCUGGGAUGA